ACAUUUACCGCUAUUUUCUACAUCGACGCCCUCUAGCGGUGGCGGGAAAAUUGUGAUUGCGCACAUGUAAACAGAUAUCUUGUUGGAAUUGUUAGUGAAAUUUGAAGUAGACAUUGACAAUCAUGCUUAACUAUGAGGACAUUAGAGCCAAAAAUUUGGAAGACAACAAAGCUAUUUUAGAGAAGUUGAUGGCAGAAGUGAAAUGGCACCCAAAGCAGAAGAAAGUUGUUCCAAGAUUCAAGACACCACACAAACGCAGGAAGUCAGAGACACUAGGUCCAAUUCGACGCAAUCCGUCCAGAAAAGCUCGCUGCGGAGGAAAGAUUGGUCAGAAUGAUGUUGAUAGACACUGUGAUCCAGUAAAGGAUUCUGAUACAUCUCCAACCAAUUGGUUAAAAGUUCGCUUUGGAUUUUUCCAUAAGAAAUCGGAUGUGAAAAAGGACAGUGAUGAUGAGGAAGAUGACAUGGAUUAUAAAGAGGACAUUGAUGAGCUGGAUGAAAAACUACCCAAGUCCAACUACACCAAAAGUUUCCAGCUCGAUACAAGGUCUGCUGAAGAAAUUACUGAGGAUGACUUGGCACUUGUAGCAGUCCAUGUCAGUGAGAAACGCUAUGACAGCAUUUAUGGAACAUCAUGUCACCAGUGCAGACAGAAGACCGCAGACAUGAAGACUAUCUGUAGGUCAGGGUUCUGUUUCGGGGUUAGAGGCCAGUUUUGUGGUCCCUGCUUGAGAAACAGAUAUGGAGAAGAUGCUAAAGAAGCUCUGAAGAAUGAGAGCUGGCAUUGCCCUCCAUGCAAGGGUAUAUGUAAUUGUAGUUUUUGUCGCAAGAAACAAGGGAAAUCCUGCACAGGUAUUAUGAUUCAUCUGGCUCGUCACCAUGGAUUUGAGAGUGUCAAGGAUUACCUUCAAAGUUUAUCUAUGAGGAAGUAGUGGUUGUUUGAAAGUGGCAGCAUUUCUUGUUAUGAUUUACAGAUUCUAUUGUAUCACCUAUCACAGAACAAGUUCACCAGUAGUUUUUUUAAGUUUUAAUGCAGUUCAUUUUACAUUUUUAUAUGCAUAUGCUAUGAAUAUUAAAUUUGAAUGAAUAAAUA